AUGAGCACACAAAAAUCACAAAAAGAAAUGGAAUAUGAAAAUUUCUUGAAAGAAUUUCUUGAAGAUUUUUAUCAUAAAAUCGCAUAUCAUAGCAAUAUUGACGAUUUUGAGAAUUUUGAAAAUAAAAUUAUCAAAUGGAUUCGCCUUGCUGACGAAAUAAUGUACAUUGAGUUGAUGGUAAAUCAUCAAAACAAGGAUUUAUGGUUUUCUAGCAUUAUUGGAUUUUGUUAUCAAUAUGGAAUCGGGAAAUGUGAAAUCGAUAAAAGCAAAGCGUUGGACUCAUAUUUAUUGGCUGUUAAUAUCAAAGAUGAAGAAAAAUCAAUGGCCGAGGCCCCAUUAAGGACAGUUCAAUCACGUAUAUUUAACUUUCAACCAGAUUAG